UUUUUGCAAUGCAAAUUAAUGAGCUCCGCCUUCCCACAUAGUCGUUGCUAAGCAACAUAACAAUCGCUCACACGUUGCUCAGCAUGUCCAUCUUCUUGCGGGUAUCAUCCUUGCUCUUACUGACACGUCUCUUCGUAGGAAGCAGUGCUCAAUCACUGAGUGGUACUGGUGGGACCGAUAACUCAUUAUCCGUUGGAUAUUUUCAAUUACCAACUUAUGUAUUCAAUGUGUUCCCAGUCACGAAUGUGAGUGCUUUUGUAUUGUUUGAAGAAGAGAGAGUGAGCAGGUUGAAUUAUGGACAACUUAGACAUGCCAGUAUCACCUUUCAAGAGUACUCUGACUUCAUAAUUCAAUUCAGAAAAAUACCAACUGAUGUUGUUAAGAAUGAAUAUACUGAUUAUGGCUUUAUGGAGUCUGACCUAUCAGCUAAUAAAGAAGUGUUAAUGAUCAUCAGAAGAAACAACAGAAAUCACGACCUGCCACAACAUCACUUAAUAGUAUUCAAUAAAGAUAACAUUAAUGCUGACACUAGCAAAGUGUAUAUUUAUAAUGCAAUGAAGAACACUGUCUCAUCAAACCAAGGACUGUAUUUUUAUGGGUUAUAUCAGCGUAGGAAUUUUGACGGUUCAAUGAGUGAAAGUAUGACACAAUUAGCUGUAAAUGUACAGAUGAAUGAAGGAAUUGAUAUCAACAUACAACCAAUGACUGCCAUUGAUAUUAAAGCAUUCUACACUAGCAUUAACACAGUCCUUGAGUUCAAGAAUACAGAAUAUGUCUUGAAAUAUGAUGGAUUUAUGAUAAAGAAUGGUGGAGUCAGAAAAUACAUGAUAUGUUAUGGUAAUUAUAAAGAGGUUAAUAAUGAUAAUGAUGUGACAAGACCAAGAUUAACUGUACUGAAUGAUGAUCGUUCUUCUGGCUCUGGAUUCAAACGGAGCUACACAACAAUAAUAACAAUAAUAACCAUAAUAAUAAUUGUACUACACUUUUAGCUAUAAAGCAUUGAAAAUAGAUUUGACAAAGCAAUAAAAAA